GUGCCUGCGGCGGCUAUGGAGGUGUGCGAGAGCGGCGGGGAGCAGCCGCCGCUGCUGCUGCACUGGGACCGCAAGCUGAGCGAGCUGUGCGAGCCCGCAGACCCCGACACUCUGCUAAGCCGCACGCACUUCACAGAGUUCCUGGAUGAAUUUUCACCUGAUGUCCUAGGCCAGCUCUUGAAUGAUCCCUUCUUGUCUGAGAAGAAUGAAAUAAUGGAAGUGGAGCUGUCUCCAGCGUCCCCAGCGCCCCUCAUCCAGGCUGAACAUAGCUAUUCCCUCUGUGGGGACUCUCGACCCCAGUCUCCCUUGACCCACAUCUCGACUGAUGACAACUUUAAUGAAGGUGACCUGGAAAAUGAGGAAUGGUGUCUGGCUACAGAGUUUACUCCAGCUGCAAUAAAGACUGAGCCAGGGCUGUGUGAGACAUCAGGCCUUGCUCCCUCAGUCAGUCUCACCGUCACAGCCACGUCGGUGGAGGGGGACCAGCCUGAACUACAGAUAGAUGCCCUGAUGAAACCACUCACCCAGAAAGUUCUUCCAGAGAUUAAAUUGGAGCCCCAUGAAGUGGAUCAGUUCCUGAACCUCUCUCCUAAGGAAGCAGUGGAUCCCCUGCACUUGCCUCCCACCCCUCCGAGCAGCCAUGACAGUGAUUCCGAAGGGGCACAGAGCCCAGCUCGAUCACUCCCUCCUUCCAGCCCAGUGCAGCUCCAGGCCACGACUAAGGUUGUGUCGCGCACAGCUUCAGUGCUCUCCAAUUCCCCUCUCCUGACUGCACCACAUAAAUUACAGGGGACUGGCCCCCUCAUCCUGACAGAAGAAGAGAAGAGGACGCUGAUAGCAGAGGGCUACCCAAUCCCUACCAAACUGCCCCUGACAAAAGCGGAAGAGAAAGUUCUAAAAAAAAUCCGCAGGAAAAUAAAAAACAAGAUCUCUGCCCAGGAAAGUAGAAGAAAAAAGAAAGAAUACAUGGACAGUCUGGAAAAAAAAGUUGAGACCUGCUCAAAUGAAAACAGUGAGCUGCGUAAGAAGGUUGAAGUCCUGGAGAACACAAACAGGUAAGGUAUGGAGAUCAUCAAACAAAACUUGGUAGCGGGAUGUUACCAUGAAGAGUGAAAAUGUGGAGUUAAGAGAUCAACUGAAAUGUGAACCAUAGAUGUGUCUGACAAGGGUUCAUGUCCGAGAAAGAUGUGGAAGGCCAAUUAUUGUGACUGCAGUGGGAUGUAAAGCACGGAGGUUUUGAUGUCAUGUCUUAAACUGCCUCCCCAGCCUGUGCUGUGCUUGAGAAACCUUUUAGCACUCUUCUCUGAGUUCUUCCACUGCCCAAGGGAAUGCAAUUAGUAAUACAGGACAAAAACCCCCUGCAGUCCAGCUCUCCCAGUUGUCUUUAUUGAGUGAAAUUUUGCCAGGAAGCCUUAACCUGAGACAUGACUCUUGCAGAAAUUACAGUGAUGCAACUCAAGAGUCAUUAUUAGUUCUUUAUGCACUACUAGAUGUCAUUGCAAUUAUUGUGCAGCCUUCUAAGCGUCUCACACUCCAGAAUUCCCUUCAUUUGGAGGGGAAAAUCACCUUCUUGCUUCUUUGUUUCUGAAGAAAUGGGUGACUCAGUGGUGGCUUUUUCAAAGGACACAUGGCAGAAAAUAUUGAAUAGCUAAGCUUUUCAUUGGGUGUUAGCUGAGGGUGCAGUGCCAAUCAUGGCUUAUUCCAGUGUCAGUGUGGCAAAUUCCAGUGAGUAGGUACUAGAUGAGCGUACUCUUAACACUUCCCAGUUAGAGGCAUUUGCAGUGAUGGUUGAAUAUUACAAAGGAACAUGAUGGUGACACUGAAGUGCGGGAGGAGGUCGGAUUUUGAACAUAAGACCCACGAUCAUGAAAAAUGGCCUUAGAGCUGGUCUGGCAGCUAGUGCACUGCUUGUUGAGUGACACGUGUUGUUUCUAAUGUCUGGAUCCAAUCUCUAAUUUCAUGAAGCCAGACCCUGUGGCACUGUGACCUGCUGGAGAGUGUCUCCCACACACUGCUCAUGCAUAAAGACAUCUGCUGCUUGCUUGAAGAGAGCCAAGCCAUUUCUGUGCCUCUUAUAUAUCGUCCUCCAGGGUUUGACAUAAAAGAACCAAGAACUAUUCUGUAGGUGUGGAGUAGGGAUGUGUCACCCAGAAUCUGCCCCAGAAGGUACUGAAGCCAGCCUCUCUUAGGAAAAGGUGCAGCUGUAGAUUAUCCCCUUGGGGACAGCAUGUUGUCACCCCUGAAGUUGUUCUCCCCAGCUGAGAUAAAUCUGGCCAGCUGUUUUCAUCUCUGAGCUGUUGAGGAUGCACUGAUGAGAACAGCUUUGUUGGUGUUGUCCAUCCUUUCAGAAAGGACCUUUAGCAUCUUCUGUAUUAUUUGGUUCUCUUAAUUCUUUCAUGCUAAAUGCUCUAAAAAGUUUUAGGUAAGUAAUAUUAUCUCCAAAUCCUUCCUACUUGGGCCAUGUGGGAUGAGUUGCAUUGUUUCCUUCCAUCUGCAAUUGCAUCGAUAUUGAUCUGUAAUAUCAUGCAGAGAAGCAGAUGCUCGUCCUGCUGCACAGAAAUUCUCGUAAUUCAUGGCAAUGCAGUUUUGGCUACUUAGACAUAAAAUCUAAAUCUGUGUCUAAGAUCUGCUAAGGCUUACAUGUGAAGUACUGAGAAAUUUGUUCAAGUGCCUGCUUUCAUCAAAGCUCAGCUUCGUAACAUAUCAUACAAUAGCGUUUUCCACCUUAACUCCAAAAAGCCACUUUUCCUAUUUACUGUAUAAUUGCGCAACUGUCUCAUUCGGAGAAUGGUUCCAGGCCCUGAUUUAAUGUACAUUAUGCACAUUCUACCGUGAAUUCAAAAUGCCUAAUUUCCUCAUUGGUAUUUGCACAGAGCCUUGGCAUGAUGUCCAGAAACUGUUCACAUGCUUCAGAACUUGUCUUGACAGCAUCCUGUAGCUGGAAUUUUCAUCUCCUGCAUAGAGUCACAGAAUCAACAGAAUCUAAAUUG